AGAGCAACAAUACAAAACUAGUGUAGCAGUAGCAGUAGCAGUAGCAGUACUAGACUUUUGAAUUGAAGAAUCACUGCAGCAUCAACCAUUACUGCCUUUUUCACAGCUCACACCGACGACAAUCACACUAAAACGUCAAAAAAAGCAUAGAUCCGUGCUGCAAUUUUCCACUCAUUCUCUUGUUUUUGCGGUGGCUAUUUCCAGCUCAACAAAUGCUCCUCAAAUUAGGGCGUUUUUUGUUGCUUCUUGAAUUGAUUGCGCUUGUUUCGGGAUCAGAUCCUUAUGUCUACUACGACUGGACUGUCUCCUACCUCACUGCUUCCCCUCUUGGCCUCAAGCAACAGGUGAUUGGCAUAGAUGGCAGAUUUCCAGGCCCGGUUCUAAACGUCACCACAAAUUGGAAUGUUGUGAUCAAUGUGAAAAAUGAUCUCGACGAACCUCUUCUUCUCACCUGGAACGGUAUCCAACAAAGAAAAAAUUCAUGGCAAGACGGUGUUUCAGGGACAAACUGCCCGAUCCCUGCAGGUUGGAACUGGACAUACCAGUUUCAGGUCAAAGAUCAGAUAGGCAGUUUCUUUUACUUCCCUUCCCUUGGUCUCCAACGAGCUGCAGGUGGAUUUGGUGGAAUAAUUGUUAACAACAGAGAUGUUAUUCCCGUACCUUUUGGCACACCAGAUGGAGAUAUUACACUCUUUAUCAGCGACUGGUACAAAAAGAGUCACAAGGGACUUAGAAAUGACCUUGACAGUGGGAAAAGCCUUGGAGCCCCUGAUGGAAUCGUAUUUAACGGAUUAGGCCCUUACCAAUAUGAUAAAAGCCUUGUACCAGAUGGUAUUCCUUACCAAAUAAUAAAUGUCGAACCAGGCAAAACAUAUCGCCUGCGCAUCCACAAUGUUGGAAUCUCUACGAGCUUGAAUUUCAGGAUCCAAAAUCAUAACUUGCUUCUCAUAGAAACUGAGGGGUCUUAUACUGUACAGCAGAACUACUCCAACAUGGAUAUCCAUGUGGGUCAGUCAUACUCGUUUUUAGUGACAAUGGAUCAAAAUGCCAGUAGUGAUUAUUACAUUGUUGCUAGUCCACGAUUUGUCAAUGGCUCGUCCUCGCCCAAGGCCCCAGGAGUUGCUAUACUGCACUACUCAAAUUCACAGGGUCCUGCUUCAGGUCCUCUCCCAGACCCUCCUAUCGAACUUGACAAGUCUUUUUCAAUGAAUCAAGCAAGAUCCAUAAGAUGGAACGUUUCUGCUGGAGCUGCCCGACCAAACCCUCAAGGCUCGUUCAGAUACGGAGAGAUAACUGUGACUGAUGUAUAUGUAAUCCAAAAUAGACCCACAGAGCUCGUUGAUGGGAAAUGGCGCAGAACUCUGAAUGGCAUUUCAUACAUAGCUCCUUCGACACCCCUCAAUCUUGCGCAGCAGUUUAAGGUCCUUGGGGUCUUCAAGCUUGACUUUCCUAACAGAUUUAUGAACAGACCUUCCAAAUUUGACUCAUCCGUGAUUAACGGAACCUUCAAAGGAUUCAUGGAAAUUAUUUUCCAGAACAAUGACACGUCAGUUCAGAGUUACCAUCUUGACGGCUAUGCUUUCUUUGUUGUCGGGAUGGAUUAUGGUGUUUGGACGGAGAAUAGCAGAGGCACCUAUAACAAAUGGGACGGGGUGGCUCGCUCCACUACCCAGGUAUUUCCCGGAGCGUGGACUGCUAUAUUAGUAUCCCUAGAUAAUGCUGGGAUGUGGAAUCUCCGAACACAGAACCUCGACUCAUGGUAUCUUGGUCAAGAAGUUUACGUGAGUGUAGUAAACCCCGAGAAUGACAAAGACGAGGUUCAGUUGCCCGAGAAUACCAUCUACUGCGGUGUACUUUCUGUCUUGCAGAAUGAGUGGUUGGUGCAGGGAGCAGGCUCAUAGAGUGAAGUUCUCAUCGGCUUCAUCUCUGGAGAAGAUGAUCAAGAUUGUUGUAAUUUCGAUAUUAGGACUAUCCGGUUUCAUAUAACCCAAACAGGAUGAUAUCAUCACAUCAUUUUGUGGAUUUGUAUUUAUUCUACCUCAAAAUGAACUUGAAUUCGUAGCAA